AUGGACGCGGAGGCCAGCGCGGGCGGCGCCAUAGCCGCUGCACCACAGAGCAAGGCGUGGGAGUGGGAGGGGCGGGUGGUGUCGGCGGUGCCCGCGGCGACGGCAGACGAGGCGUGGGCACUCCUGUCGGACUUCCUGGCGUUCCACCGGUGGCACCCGCGCGUGCCGAUAUGCCGUUUGGCAUCGGGCGCCGCGGCGCCGGCCGCCGGGUGCGUGCGCUACUGCGAGGGCACCCCGCCCGGCGACGGGACGCCGGCCGACUGGGCGCACGAGACGCUCCUCGAGCACGACCAGGCGCGCCGCUUCUUCCGCUACGAGAUGAACGACAACAACAUGGGCUUCGGCGCCUUCUUCGCCGCCUUCCGCGUCGUCCCCGCCGCGGCGCCGGCCGGCGGGUGCGAGCUGCGGUGGGAGUUCCAGUGCGAGCCCGUGCGCGGCACGCCCAAGGAGGCGCUCGUGGCGCGCCUUCAGGCCGGGCUCGACGGCAUGACGGCGCGUGUGCGCGAGCACGUCCUGUCCGCGCGCGCCGCCGCCGCCGCAGCCCCCAGCGUUGGCCGACGUGUUUUCUAG